AUGCCUCCAGUCACACCUGCCAACGACGAGGCGCAUCAGGCCCUUCUCAAUCAGCUCGACAUUGCCAGUGCCUACAAGCCCUUCCGCAACCCCAACUGGAAACCCUCCCAGCGCCGCAACAAGAAUGUCAAGCAGAUUGUCUCUGAGACCUCGCGCAAGGAAGCUUCAGUGAUGGCAACUCAAGUGAACUCUCGAGCGAGCACCCCCUUCGGCACAUCAGGAGCAACCACAGAUGCAUCAGCCGAUGGCACUGGAAAGGUCUCCAGUUUAAAUCAAACAACCCAAAACCUCUCAGCAAUGGUGUUGGAGAAGAACGCUCGAGCCAACUUCUCGGGACCGGUUGUCACCUACACCAAUAUUGAGUCGGCACCAUCUCUUAGCCCGGCCCACCAGCGCCACUAUUGCGAUAUCACAGGUCUCUCUGGUCCCUAUACUGAUCCGAAGACACGGCUGCGAUAUCACAACAAGGAGAUCUUUGGCGUCAUCCGUAGUCUGGCUCAGGGCGUACCGGAGGUCUACCUCGAAGCGCGUGGAGCGCAUACGAUUUUAAAAUAA